CCACCAGCUAUAACAUCAGACACAAAACCAGCCACAACCCCACCAGCUAUAACAUCAGACACAAAACCAGCCACAACACCACCAGCUAUAACAUCAGACACAAAACCAGCAACAACACCACCAGCUAUAACAUCAGACACAAAACCAGCCACAACACCAACAGCUAUAACAUCAGACACAAAACCAGCCACAACACCACCAGCUAUAACAUCAGACACAAAACCAGCAACAACACCACCAGCUAUAACAUCAGACACAAAACCAGCCACAACACCAACAGCUAUAACAUCAGACACAAAACCAGCCACAACACCAACAGCUAUAACAUCAGACACAAAACCAGCCACAACACCACCAGCUAUAACAUCGGACACAAAACCAGCCACAACACCACCAGCUAUAACAUCAGACACAAAACCAGCCACAACACCACCAGCUAUAACAUCAGACACAAAACCAGCAACAACACCACCAGCUAUAACAUCAGACACAAAACCAGCCACAACACCAACAGCUAUAACAUCAGACACAAAACCAGCCACAACACCAACAGCUAUAACAUCAGACACAAAACCAGCCACAACACCAACAGCUAUAACAUCAGACACAAAACCAGCCACAACACUACCAGCUAUAACAUCGGACACAAAACCAGCCACAACACCACCAGCUAUAACAUCAGACACAAAACCAGCCACAACACCACCAGCUAUAACAUCAGACACAAAACCAGCCACAACCCCACCAGCUAUAACAUCAGACACAAAACCAGCCAUAACAUCACCAGCUAUAACAUCAGACACAAAACCAGCCACAACACCACCAGAUAAAACAUCAGCCACAAAUCCAGGCACAACAACACCAGCUAUAACAUCAGCCACAAAACCAGCCACAACACCACCAGCUAUAACAUCAGCCACAAAUCCAGCCACUACACCACCAGCUAUAACAUUAGCCACAAAACCAGCCACAACACCACCAGCUAUAACAUCAGCCACAAAACCAGCCACAACACCACCAGCUAUAACAUUAGCCACAAAACCAGCCACAGGAACAAGUCCAGGUACAACAGGUACAGCCACACUGGCAACAACAUCUUCAAGCACUGCAAAAACAGGAAGUACUAGUCCUUUCACUGGUAACCCCUCUGCGAACACUGGAAGCACUAGUAUCUUUACCGGAAGUACAUCUACAGGAAGGACUACUGAUGUGAAUGUUUUAGCAGAACAAAAUACACAGAAUGCAAUUAACGUUGGCGGUCAAGCUCAUUCUUAUUUACGCUGCACGUAUCCUGUGAUUUUUCUUGCUACCAGCAUGUCUCUGGAAGGAAGUGAGAACUUUUCCCUUCCUGGCACUCCGGCCAGAUCCAUCACCUUAGCCCAGGGAGACGAUCUUUCUAGCCCAGCAUCCAUCAGAUCCUGGACAGUUCCGCGUAUCACGACAGAAUUGAGGAGACGGCAGAUUCCCUUCCCCGCCACGGCAAGGAAAGCGGAGCUUUUCCGUCUACUGCGCACGUCAGCCAGUAACGCGGAGGCAGGGGAAGGACCCAGCCAGUCCAGCACGGGGGACAUACACGCCAUGCUGGCCUCUUUGAUGACGUCCAUGUACAGGGUCAACGACAGGUUAGAGAAGCUGGAGUCGGUCACCACAUCCCUCUCCUUGGCAGUGCCACCACCGGCGGCGCCACCGGCACCAGCCGGAUUGCCAGUGGCCGUGCCAUCCAUCAACCCAGAUGACCAAGAAGUCAGCCCGGCGCACAUGAUACCGGAGCACUUGAGAAGUUACAUUCUGGAAGCAUUCAUGUCUCAGCACCCAUCCAGACAUCUCACGGAUUUCCUUGUGGCGGGUCUGACCGAAGGCUUCCACACGGGCAUCCUGCACAGGCCGACAGGUACCCUGGAAUGUCCAAAUCUCCUAUCCGCCCAAGGCAACCCCACCGCAAUUGACGCCCUCAUAGCCCUGGAAGUCGCAGAGGGCUUCGUGCUAGGACCAUUCAAGACACCCCCAUUCACCACAUGGCGCACCAAUCCCAUUGGCAUCGUCACCGGGAAGUCUUCCCAGAAACAGAGGCUAAUCAUCGAUUUAUCAGCACCACACGAUCCUCAAAAUUAUAUUGCAUCCUGGAAGGUUAUUCUUAUAAGCCUUGGCGCGGUAGCAGCAUUUUCCUUAAUUGUGUUUCUUGCUUUUAAGUUCUUGGGACCCUAUUUCAGGUUUACCACAACAAACCCAUCAUCUUCAUACUCUCCACAUCGUCCUUACUCCACCAAUGUAGAAAUGAAUGACAUGGAAGGUCCACAAGCUCCAACAAUUACUGAAGCUCCAACUACUACUGAAGCUCAAACUAAUACUGAAUCUUCAACUUCUACUGAAGCACCAGCUACUACUGAAGCUCAAAUUACAACUGGGGCUCCAACUUUGACUAAAUCAACUGCUACUUUAGCUCUAACCUCUACAGUUGCAGUAACUACAGCUGAAGCACCAAAUACUACUAAAGCUCAAACUACUACUGAAGAUACAACUUUUACUGAAGCAUCAACUACAACUGAAGUUCAACCUACUGCUGAAGCUUUAAUUAACACUGAGGGAUCAACUACUAGUGAAGCUUCAACUACUACAGAAGCUCCAACUUCUACUGAAUUACUAACUACUACUGAAGCUCAAACUACUGCUGAAGCUCCAAUUUCUAAUAAAGCGUCAACUUCUACUGAAGCUCAAACUACUACUGAAGUUCCAACUUCUUCUAAAGCACCGACUUCUAAUGAAACACUGACAACUAGUACUGAAGUUCCAACUACUAUUCUAGCUCAAACUAAUACUGAAUUGACUACUACAGAAGUUCCAACUACAACUAAAGCAGCAACUACUACUGAAGCACCAAAUUCCACUGAGGAUUCAACUACUACUGGAGCUCAAAGUAAAACUGGGGCUCUAACUUCAACCAAAUCAUCAAUUGCUACUGUAGCUCUAAAUUCUAUGGAAGCUUCAACUUCUACAAAUGCACCUAUGACUACUGAAGCUCUAAGUUCCACUAUAGCACCAACUAUUAGUAAAGAACCCACUACUACUGAAUCUCCAACUACUACUGAGUCCUUAGCUGCCACUGAGGCAUCAACCACUAUUGAAACUUCUUCUGAAUCAACUACUGCAGAAGCUCCAACCACCACUGUAGCUUCAACCACUACUGAAGCUCCAGCUGCUACAGAAGCUCCAACCUCCACUGCAGUUCCAACUUCUGCUGAAGCUCCAACUGCCAAUGAAGCACCAACUACUACUGAAGCAUCAAGUACUAAUGGUGCUCUAACUUCUACUGAAUCACCAACUGCUACUAUAGCUCUAAUUUCCACUUAA